AUGAAAGAAAGUUCAAUUCCUUACAGCGGCUCCAUCUACCUUGACAUUCCUUACAGCGGCUCCAUCUACCUUGACAUUCCUUACAGCGGCUCCAUCUACCUUGACAUUCCUUACAGCGGCCCUAUCUACUUCGCUAUUCUUUACUGUGGCCCCAUCUACCUUGACAUUCCUUACAGCGGCUCCAUCUACCUUGACAUUCCUUACAGCGGCGCUAUCUGCUUCGCCAUUCUUUACUGUGGCCCCAUCUACCUUGACAUUCCUUACAGCGGCCCUAUCUACUUCGCUAUUCUUUACUGUGGCCCCAUCUACUUUGACAUUCCUUACAGCGGCCCUAUCUACUUCGCCAUUCUUUACUGUGGCCCCAUCUACCUUGACAUUCCUUACAGCGGCCCUAUCUACUUCGCUAUUCUUUACUGUUGCCCUAUCUACUUCGCCAUUCUUUACUGUGGCCCCAUCUACCUUGACAUUUCUUACUGUGGCCCUAUCUACUUCGCUAUUCUUUACUGUGGCCCUAUCUACUUCGCCAUUCUUUACUGUGGCCGCAUCUACCUUGACAUUUCUUACUAUGGCCCUAUCUACUUCGCUAUUCUUUACUGUGGCCCCAUCUACCUUGACAUUUCUUACUGUGGCCCUAUCUACUUCGCUAUUCUUUACUGUGGCCCUAUCUACUUCGCCAUUCUUUACUGUGGCCCCAUCUACCUUGACAUUCCUAACUGUGGCCCUAUCUACUUCGCCAUUCUUUACUGUGGCCCCAUCUACCUUGACAUUUCUUACUGUGGCCCCAUCUACCUUGACAUUCCUUACUGUGGCCCUAUCUACCUUGACAUUCCUUACUGUGGCCCCAUCUACCUUGACAUUUCUUACUGUGGCCCCAUCUACCUUGACAUUUCUUACUGUGGCCCCAUCUACCUUGACAUUCCUUACUGUGGCCCUAUCUACCUUGACAUUCCUUACUGUGGCCCUAUCUACCUUGACAUUUCUUACUGUGGCCCCAUCUACCUUGACAUUCCUUACUGUGGCCCAAUCUACCUUGACAUUCCUUACUGUGGCCCUAUCUACCUUGACAAUUCUUACUGUGGCCCCAUCUACCUUGACAUUCCUUACUGUGGCCCCAUCUACCUUGACAUUUCUUACUGUGGCCCCAUCUACCUUGACAUUCCUUACUGUGGCCCCAUCUACCUUGACAUUUCUUACUGUGGCCCCAUCUACCUUGACAUUUCUUACUGUGGCCCUAUCUACCUUGACAUUCCUUACUGUGGCCCUAUCUACCUUGACAUUCCUUACUGUGGCCCUAUCUACCUUGACAUUCCUUACUGUGGCCCCAUCUACCUUGACAUUUCUUACUGUGGCCCCAUCUACCUUGACAUUCCUUACUGUGGCCCCAUCUACCUUGACAUUCCUUACGGUGGCCCCAUCUACCUUGACAUUUCUUACUGUGGCCCCAUCUACCUUGACAUUCCUUACUGUGGCCCCAUCUACCUUGACAUUUCUUACUGUGGCCCUAUCUACCUUGACAUUCCUUACUGUGGCCCCAUCUACCUUGACAUUCCUUACUGUGGCCCUAUCUACCUUGACAUUCCUUACUGUGGCCCUAUCUACCUUGACAUUUCUUACUGUGGCCCCAUCUACCUUGACAUUCCUUACUGUGGCCCUAUCUACCUUGACAUUCCUUACUGUGGCCCUAUCUACCUUGAAAUUUCUUACUGUGGCCCCAUCUACCUUGACAUUUCUUACUGUGGCCCCAUCUACCUUGACAUUCCUUACUGUGGCCCCAUCUACCUUGACAUUUCUUACUGUGGCCCCAUCUACCUUGACAUUCCUUACUGUGGCCCCAUCUACCUUGACAUUUCUUACUGUGGCCCUAUCUACCUUGACAUUCCUUACUGUGGCCCCAUCUACCUUGACAUUUCUUACUGUGGCCCUAUCUACCUUGACAUUCCUUACUGUGGCCCUAUCUAUACGCCCCCCAACCACACACUUGCAUGGCAUUGGUGA